CUGUGAACCAUGGAGCUGUAUUUUGGUGAAUACCAACACGUGCAACAGGAAUAUGGAGUCCACCUGAGACUCGCCAGUGACGACACCCCAAAGCCAAGGAAUUCCCAGCCCUCAAAGGCAGGCUCCUAUGGUGUCAGUAUUAGGGUCCAGGGAAUUGAUGGCCACCCCUAUAUAGUCCUGAACAACACUGAAAGGUGUCUAGCAGGUAUGCCUUUCCCAGAAGAUGGGCCAGCGUUUCCAUCUUCAAUGAUAAAUAAUUUGUCCUUACAUCCAAGCAACGGGACGGGGUUGAAGGAGAACCGUCCAGAGGAACUGCAGCUUCCAGAAAACCCAUACCUGCAGACCAGCCCGAUUAGAAACCAGAAACAGUCCUCGCUCCAUGAGGGCAGGAAUGGAGUUGUAGAACGCAAAGAUGGGCCCCCGAAACUACCCCACGUGCUCAACUUUCAGAAGCACCCCGAGCUUCUGCAACCCUAUGACCCUGAAAAGAAUGAGAUGAACUCGGAAAAGCAUCACCCCGCGGAGAGUCCCUGGCUGAGAAAUGCACCGGAAGAAGGGACCAACCACAAGAAGCCCCGGAAUUACUUUCCCAAACCUUGCAGUUCCCAGCCCAACAGCCCUACUUUGGAAGAUCUAGCCAAGACCAACACGACGGCGAUCCGUCUCUGCAGCUCCGUGGUCAUAGAGGACCCCCAAAAGCAGACCUCAGUGUGCGUGAAUGUUCAGAGGUGCGCCAAGGAGGGGGCGGGAGAGGAGGCCCUUUCCCCUCGACGGAAAUCCCCAACCGCCCCCAGCCCACAGGCCUACCCUGAAACCAAGAAAAGUAGGCCAGAUGUACUACCCUUCCGGCGACAAGAUUCCGCAGGACCCAUUCUGGAUGGGGCUCGGUCACGGAGGUCAUCUUCGUCAUCCACGACUCCCACCUCAGCCACUUCCUUGUACAGAUUUUUACUUGAUGAUCAGGAAUGUGCCAUCCAUGCUGACAAUGUCAACCGCCACGAAAACAGAAGGUAUAUCCCCUUCUUGCCAGGAACUGGGCGGGAUAUCGACACCUGCUCCAUUCCCGGGGUGGACCAGUUAAUCGAAAAAUUUGACCAAAAGCCUGGGCUUCAGAGAAGAGGACGGUCUGGGAAGAGAAACAGGAUCAAUCCAGAUGACAGGAAAAGAUCUCGAAGCGUAGAUAGUGCCUUUCCGUUCGGUCUCCAGGGAAAUACAGAGUACCUCACGGAGUUCAGCAGGAACCUGGGCAAGUCCAGCGAACACCUCCUCCGGCCGUCCCAGGUCUUCCCGCAGAGGUCGCAGGCCCCGGAGCACCGUGGGAAACACAGUCCCAGCUCUACCCUUGCAAAGCUGCAGGGUACCACUCAGGGUGCCCACCCCAAGCCUCCCCUCCAGAACAAAGACGGGAAAGCUCUGAACAAAGGAGGUCAGGAAAGUGUGGUGGCUUGUGCCUCCUCCCUUCCAGCACCGAAUAAAAAAGAGGAAGAAAUCAAAAUAGCCACCGCCACGCUGAUGUUACAGAACCGGGCCGUGGCCGCCACACCUGAUUCUGGGGCCAAGAAAAUUUCAGUGAAGACAUUUCCUUCGGACUCUAAUACACAGGCCACACCAGAUCUGUUAAAGGGCCAGCAGGAGCUCACACAACAAACCAACGAAGAGACGGCCAAGCAGAUCCUUUACAAUUACCUCAAAGAAGGAAGCACAGACAACGAGGAUGCCACCAAAAGGAAAGUCAACCUGGUCUUUGAGAAAAUCCAGACUUUAAAGUCUCGCGCAGCAGGGAGUGCGCAAGGAAGUAAUCAAGCUUCAAAUUUUUCCUCCGAAGUCAAAGACCUAUUGGAGCAGAAGAACAAACUGAUCUUAGAAGUGUCAGAACUCCAGAGGCAGCUGCAGCUGGAGACGAAGAACCAUCAGAACAUUAAGGAGGAGAGAGAGAGGAUGAGAAAGGACUUAGAAGAGCUACGAGGCCGGCACCAGAGCCAGGUGGAGGAGACGGCCGCCCUGCAGCGACGGCUGGGCGAAACCGAAGACGAGCUGCGGAAGAACUUGGAAGAGCUGUUCCAGGUGAAGAUGGAGCGCGAACAGCACCAGACAGAGAUCCGAGACCUGCAGGACCAACUGUCGGAAAUGCACGAUGAACUGGACAGUACCAAGCGGUCCGAGGACAGGGAGAAGGGAGCCUUGAUCGAGGAGCUCCUGCAGGCCAAACGCGACCUUCAGGAUCUGCUCAUUGCCAAAGAGGAGCAGGAAGAUCUCUUGAGAAAGCGGGAGCGUGAACUGACCGCCUUGAAGGGCGCCUUGAAGGAGGAGGUUUCCAGUCAUGACCAGGAGAUGGACAGGCUGAAGGAACAGUAUGAUGCUGAGCUGCAGGCCCUCAGGGAGAGCGUGGAGGAGGCAACCAAGAAUGUGGAGGUCCUGGCCAGCAGGCGCAGUUUGUCAGAGCAGAACCAAGCAGACGCGGACCUGCGUGAGAAAGUGCUGAAGGAGGAGAAUGAGAAGCUGCAGGAAAGGAUUGUAGAGCUGGAGCGCAGAGUGGCCCAGCUGCAGAGGCAGGUGGAGGACGUGAAACGUGACGAGGCCCAAGCCAAGGAGACACUCCGCAAGAGUGAGAGUGAAGUCCAGCAGCUAGAGGGAGCCCUUGUGCACGCCAGACAGGAAGAAAAGGAAGCCACCUCAGCCAGAAGGGCCUUGGAGAAGGAGCUGGAGAGUGCCCAGAGAGCACUGAGCCAGACCUCCCAGGAGCAGAAGGAACUAUUAGAGAAACUCCAGGAUGAGACCGAGCAGAAGGAGCAGCUGAGAAAGCUCAAGAACGAGAUGGAGAGUGAGCGGUGGCACCUGGACAAGACCAUUGAAAAGCUGCAGAAGGAGAUGGCGGACAUUGCCGAGGCCUCCCGAACAUCCUCUCUGGAGCUGCAGAAGCAGCUGGGUGAGUAUAAGGAGAAGAACCGUCGGGAGCUCGCAGAAAUGCAGACUCAACUGAAAGAGAAAAGCCUGGAGGUGGAAAAGGCCAGAUUGGCAGCUGUGAAAAUGCAAGAUGAGUUACGCCUCAAGGAGGAAGAGUUGCGGGACUACCAACGAGCUGAGGAUGAAGCGCUCACGAAAAGGCAACUUCUGGAGCAGUCGCUGAAGGACCUGGAGUAUGAGCUGGAGGCCAAGAGCCACCUCAGGGAUGACCGCAGCCGACUCCUUAAGCAGAUGGAGGACAAGGUGGCCCAGCUGGAGAUUGAAUUGGAAGAAGAAAGAACCAGUGCUGAUUUGCUGUCUGAGAGGAUCACUUGGAGCAGGGAACAGAUGGAGCAGAUGAGGAACGAGCUACUUCAGGAGAGAGCUGCCAAGCAAGACUUAGAGUGUGACAAGAUUUCCCUAGAGAGACAGAACAAAGACUUAAAAAGCCGGAUUAUCCACCUGGAAGGUUCCUACAGGUCCAGCAAAGAGGGCCUAGUGGUGCAGAUGGAGGCCAGGAUUGCAGAGCUGGAGGACCGACUAGAGAGCGAGGAGAGGGAUCGGGCCAACCUGCAGCUCAACAACCGAAGGCUGGAGAGGAAGGUGAAGGAGCUGGUGAUGCAGGUGGAUGACGAGCAUCUGUCACUGACUGACCAGAAAGACCAGCUGAGCCUGCGCCUGAAAGCCAUGAAGCGCCAGGUGGAGGAGGCUGAAGAGGAGAUCGACAGACUGGAGAGUUCGAAGAAGAAGCUGCAGAGGGAGCUGGAGGAUCAGAUAGGUGUGAACGAGCAGCUGCAGGGGCAGCUUAACUCCAUGAAGAAGGGCUUGAGACUGAAGACGCUGCCUAGUAAAGUUCUGGAUGACUCUGACGACGAUGACCUCAGCAGUGAUGGCGGAAGCCUCUAUGAAGCGCCACUGAGCUAUUCUUUCCCCAAAGAUAGCACCAUCACCAGCCAGAUCUGAGUCCGCUUCCAGGCCUGCUGAUCCUGACAGGGCUCUGCAGCCAUCCAGAGCAGGAGGCACCAAAGGGGGCUUGUGAAAGGCGUCAGAUCCACCUCACAUUCCUCCCCAGGGCCUCCGUCAUGUGGCUGAGCGACCUUGGAUCUUAGCUAGGGAGCCAUUGGAGUUUGAAAGGACCUAACUGGGACAUUUUGGAAAAUGCAGCUAAGAUGAAGCCCUGUGUGCACCGCUGUCUGCCGUCACCCCUCC